GCGUAGCAACUGGUGGGUGUCCAAGCGAUGCGGAGAAGUUCCACAGGAAGCGAGAACACUUCUUUUCGUGGAGAAUGCUUCUGGGCUAAAACAAGAAAUGCGCUUGGUCGCCUGAGCCCUCCUUUCAUCAAAAUCUGGUCCGCUUGAUUUCGGGUUUGUACUUGGCGAGGUCACGGAAGAGUGCGGGGUGUAUGAUUUUUUUUAAAAUCUGUGUGCAUGCAAGACAGGGUGAAAAGUUCAUGGAGCAAGUGAUCUGAGAGCAGACAGAAUGUUUAAAACAUGCUACUUGUAUUGCUGUACGGAGCCUACCUAGUGGCUGUAUUGUUUCAGCGGCUACAAGCUGAAACUGAGCUGGUAUUCGACUUUAUGACGGUGCCCUGAAUUUUGACCCUGCCUGUAGGUAUUGUUGUGCUUGUGAGUCUGUGUGUAUUUGGGUGGGGGGGGGGGCAUUGUUUGCGUGUACGCGUUUGUGUGCAUGUGUUUGCCUAUGUGCGUGCUUGGUGCGCUUGUUUAAGUAUCUGUGUUGUGCGCGUUCAACAAUAGUCCCAAAAUGCCGGCCUGUAUGUCGCAAGCGACAGCCGCAAAACAAAAAAAAGAAAGAAACGUGCUGUUAUUGUUCGCAGGAAACGAUAAUGACGGAAGCUACGAGCACACUGCCCAGCGCCUUCGGCGGCUACUCUUUCAAGAGAGGAACUACGACGCGACGUCCAGGCCCACGAACUCCACCUCCGAGCCGACCGUCAUAAAGGCGUCCGUUGUGUUCAAAAGCAUCAUGCACGUCAGGGGUGAAAGCGACUGGUUUACGGGUGUCCUGUGGCUGGGUGUGUUCUGGCACGACCACCGGUUGACUUGGAACAAGGAGGAAUACGACGACAUCGUGUACCUCGAUGUUCACAAGAGCCAAAUAUGGUCGCCCGAAGUGGACCUUCUCAACGUAGUGAGCCAAGAUUUCGACUCGUGGAUCGAUUGGCUCACCAUAGAUUACAAUGGCACGGUUUGGGCCUAUUCCACUGCCAAGUUCAAGUUACCCUGCCCCGUCGGUGGUGGAAAGUUCCAGACCGACGAGCAGGUCUGCACCAUUCGCAUGGCGUCAGACACGUACGGCAGUAACGAGGUGACGCUGGUGGAAGGCAAAUUCUGGGUAGAGCUCCAGACAGCCGGCAACACGGAGUGGGACCUCACCAAGAUGUCCUACGCCAAUCACACGGAAUUCAAUAGGUCCUUCCUGGACGUGUCGUUCCACUUGCGGAGGUUCGCGAAACGCCACCGCUACGCCGUCAACGUACCACUGGUGGCCGUGACGCUGGUGAUGCUCUCUGCCUUCUGGAUGCCGCCAGGUUCGGACCGCAGGCUUACGCUCGUCGGGCUGAACUUCCUGGUGGUCGCGAUAAUGCUGGACAGGACGACGACGCUCCUCGGGCUGUCGGUGGCGACGUCGAACACAUUCCUCUUCCUGGGUACGGUGGCGGUCGUGCAAGUGGUCACUGCAGCCGGAAACAUUUUCGCUCUGAACCUGCUGUCGUCUAGGACAGGCGUCAAAGUUCCAGACGUCCUACACCGCGCCCUGUCUGGAACAGCCGGAACUGUUCUUUGCCUAAACAUCCCCGAGCAAGAGACGUCGGUGCGACCACGAGAUGUGAUGCACCCAUUGACAUUCGACGACAGUCAAGAUCGAAGACGGCGGUGGCUUCUAUUGGCACAAGCCGUAGACCGGCUGCUGUUCAUCGUGUUCGGAUUCACGGCUAUCGGUCUCUUGGCGUGAGCCAUCAGUUUGUUCACAAGAGAGAAGUUGCAUCGGCUCCGCAAACUUGAGCCGAUAUGAACGCCGGUAAACCUUACUGGUGGGCCAUUUGCUAACGGUCGUCCUGUCUUCCUUUCAUUGUGUUUGGGUAGAUGGCCCACUGAGAUUUCAAAUUUAUUAUGUAUCGCAGACACACGCACAAACACACACACACGCAGACACGCACACACGUACCACAACUACGCGAAAUGCAAGAGAAAUAUAGGUAUCCUGAACUCCGAAUUUAAUACUUAGGUGUCCCCGGGCAACCUACACUGUCAGCCGCCAUACAUUUGUUGCCGGAAAUUAAA